AUGCGAGGUGGCAAGAAGCAGAACAAGGCUCAGGUCAACAGCGUGCCGGAUUAUCAAUCCAGCGUACAAAAGUUUGUGGAUCGACAAGCGGAGACGACCAACCUUAGCGAUCCCAACGCCCCGACUCCCAGUCCUGGUCCGGGUGAGGAGACAAGGUCCAACGAAGAAUCGGCAGUCGAGGAGGAUGAAGAUGACAUGAUGAUGGACGCAGAGUCUGCUGCGGAUCGAUCGGCAUCCGAGGUCAGCCGACAAGGUGAGGAACCCCUGAUGACGGUCAGAUUCGAGCAUGUCACGACAGACGACGGGCAUCAUGUCGUCACGGGGAGAGAGGGACAGUUGAAGAAAUGCGAAGAUGAGCCGAUCACUACCCCCGGUUCCGUGCAAUCGUUCGGUGUUCUCAUGGUGUUGGAAGAAAACUUUGAUACGGACGAGCUCGUCGUGCGGCAAGUAUCAGAGGUAAGUCACCAUUUCACACCAGAUCGACUGAAACGUCGCCUCGGGGCAAUACUGAUUCAAUCGAAUAACUCUACGGAUAUCCUAGGUCUCUCGCCAAAAUACCUCUUCAAGGUUUCUUGCUUCACCCGGAAUUUGUCGAGACAUCAGGAACACGUCCUGAGAGACAACAUAGACUAUCUGCCUGACCCCGACGCGGAUGAAGAUACCUUGACGGAUGAAGGUCCCCACGUUUUCUUGCUGAGUGGUUUCGGAGAACCAGGAACAGGCGAUCGAGACGUGUCAGAUAAUCUCUCCAGUGGAUCAUCCGUUACCGAUAACCGGCGGAGAGAAUGGACUUGCUGGGUCGCCGCACAUCGUCCCGCACAGGCCUCCGCCAAGAAACGCGGUACCGGUGCGGCCAAUCCCCGAGCCGAGUCCAGAAACCUCAUCAUCUUGGAGUUCGAGCUCGAGAAAGACUUUCAAAAUCCACUUUACCCCCCAGUCACCCGACGCAACGCCUCGGGAAUAUCGUCACCUACGACCGGCUCCAACAUGUCUACUGCCACUGGCUCAGGCAACUCGAUGCAAACGGCUUCAUCAGUGGACACGGUCAAAGGCAACGAAGGCAUCAAAGACAAGGACACCCAAAAUCUCCGUCCGGCGGCCGUCAUGACCCCUCGAACCAACUCGCAGGAUUCCGGGAUAUCUGAUACCACUCUGCAGGUUCGCAACCAGGAGGAGGAAGUUAUGGGAUUGGAAGGAGAGGAGCAGGAUGUCAAAGCCGAGGACAUCUUGGAAAGUACGACGAGUCACGCGAAACCGCUUAGGGCUUUGGAGAGGCUGCGCAGGAUGACCCGAAAUCAGACGCAGCCGACUGAAGAUGGUUCCCAGUCGAGCAAGAGUGCGCGGCCAAGACCGAAUCGACGAGGGACCGGAUCGGGUGGAGUGGGAACCAUGGAUGUCUUUGCAGUCCUUGCUCAGAUCAAUGAUCAGCUCAGUCAGGCUCCAGAUCUCGACUCGUUCCUCAAGAUCGUGGUUGGAGUCAUCAAGGACUUGACGCAAUUCCAUCGCUGUCUUGUAUACAGCUUUGACUCUCAAUGGAACGGAUUGGUCGUUGCGGAACUGGUUGAUUGGAGCAAAACCCACGACCUGUACAAGGGGUUGCAAUUCCCUGCCACCGACAUCCCAGCUCAAGCGCGUGAGCUCUACAGGAUCAAUAAAGUGCGACUCUUGUACGACAGGACACACACCACAGCUCGCAUGGUCCUCCGCAGCAAACGAGACCUAGACAACCCCGUCGACAUGACCCAUUGUUACCUUCGAGCGAUGAGCCCCAUUCAUAUGGUCUACCUCAAGAAUAUGGGGGUCCGAUCGAGCAUGUCUAUCUCGAUCAUGGCUUUCGGUAGCCUCUGGGGUCUCAUCGCUUGCCACGGUUACGGGAACCAUGGUCUGCGAGUCAGCUUCCCGGUCCGACAGAUGCUACGACUUUUGAGCGACUCUGUAUCGAGGAACAUCGAGCGAUUGAGUUACGCUGCCAGACUUCACACUCGAAAAUUGAUCAGCACCAUUCCAACCGACGCUCAUCCUACCGGGUAUAUCGUUUCGAACGCCAACGACCUCCUGACUCUGUUUGACGCCGAUUGUGGUGUCCUCGUAAUUGGUGAAGGAGCAAAGAUCCUUGGAUCCAGCACGGAGCAUGGGCAGGAAAUCCUCUUGAUCGCCGAGUACUUGCGAUACAAGCGUUUCAAUCAAAUGCAAAUCUCGUCUCAUAUCGGAGAAGACUUCCCCGAUCUCGUAUCCUCCCGUAAUCUGCAGAUCAUUAGUGGUUUGCUCUACGUGCCGCUUUCCACCGGGGGCCAAGAUUUCAUAGCGUUCCUUCGCAAAGGUCAAUCUCGUCAGGUCAACUGGGCGGGCAAGCCUUACAAGGACGGCAAGGAGAAGGGCGCCAACUUGGAGCCCCGUCAAUCUUUCAAGGUCUGGUCGGAGACGAUUGCGGGUAAAUCCAAGAACUGGACCGACGAGCAACUCGAAACCGCCGGUGUCCUCGCUCUCGUCUACGGAAAGUUCAUCGAGGUCUGGCGUCAGAAGGAAUCAGCGCUGAAGGCGAAUCAGAUGACGUCCCUACUCUUGAGUAACGCUACGCAUGAAGGCAAGUUGUCACUCGCAAUGCUCGACACAUUCAGCCGACUGGCCCUCGACGGUCAACUUGACGGCGAGACACGAGAGAAUUUGAGCAGGUCCCACACGGCUUCAAAGAGCUUGUUGUUCACCAUCAAUGACCUUUUGGACCUCACCCGAAUUGAGAGCGGGAACGAGACGGCAUUCAACGACCCUUUCGACAUCCGUCAAUGCAUGAAGGAUGCCGCUCGCAUCUAUGCUUCGGAAGCCAAGCGUAAAGGUCUCGAAUACAACAUCGACGUCCACGCCGCACCAGAUUGUUUCUUGCUUGGUGACCAGAAGAAGAUUCGAACCGUGGUUGCCAACUUGAUUGCCAAUGCCGUCAAAUACACGCAGAAAGGCUCGGUCUCAGUUUCGUGUAGAGCUAGAGGUCCCGAAGAAGAGAGCGCCCCCAGCUCCGAGUCGGGUUUUAUUCAGACCGAAAUCAUCGUGGCGGAUACCGGCUGCGGAAUUCCUUCAGAACAAUUGCAAGCGAUGUUUGUUACGCUCGAACAAGCUGAUUCGGCAGAGAAUCAGUCUGCCACAGGCCUGGGUCUCGGACUGGCGGUUGUAGCAAGGAUCAUCGAGCAGGUCGGAGGAACUUUACGCGCAGAUUCGGAGGUGGGGCGAGGUUCUAGAUUUUACUUCAACAUCACGAUGGCGCGUCACGAAGGUACGGCGACCGCAUCGGACAACUCGCUCGUGAAACCGCCUCGACGCUCCGGCAGUAUGGGUUCGGGAUCUGGCUCGGCCCUGUCUUCGACUCGCUCUACUGGUACAAGAGAGCUGGAUAAUUUUGUCGACGCUUUCUCCCAAUCACACAUGGCCAAGGCUGGGCCAGAUGACGAGCGAAUCCGAUCUGCGGAAGCGAGGAUGUCCCAACCGGGAACCUUCCCUGUUACGGAUAGUUCGUGGCCCAUCAAGCCAGCAAAGACGAAUGAUGACAAGCAGUCAAAUCAGGACGUCAUUCGUCCCAACUACUCUCGAAGCCAGUCUGCCUACGCUCAUCAUCCCCCGCGAUCCCCACCUCUACGCAUCACCACCUCGGCGGGCGACCCUUCGAUCUCAUCGGGACCCCAUUCGCCAUCAGAAACGGCACAAACGGACGACACGCUUGAAACUGGGGCGACUGAUGAUAGCAGCAAGCCGAAAAAGAAGAGGCGUUCACCGGUUGGGGGCAAGUUGCGGAUCCUUGUGGUUGAGGAUGACGACGUUAAUCGCAAGAUUCUGGAAAGACGGCUCAAACUAGACGGUCAUGAAGUGAUCUCUGACACUAAUGGCCAAGAGGCCGUGGAUCGGAUUCGAGAGGAUCCCAACUUUGACUGCAUCCUUAUGGAUAUCCAAAUGCCUGUCAUGGAUGGCCGUGAAUCUGCUGCUACCAUCCGGAAAAACGAACCCAAGGUCGACAGCAUUUCUCCCACCAUCAAACGAGUGGACGGGCGCAUCCCAAUCCUCGCCGUUUCUGCGACGCUUCUCGAAGCGGAUCGAUCCAAACUUGCCGUCGACUUUGACGGCUGGAUCCUCAAACCCAUCGAUUUCAAGAGGAUGCUCCGCCUCUUGAGUGGGAUCUCUAUCACCGAGCACAGGGUCGAGGACGCUUACGUCCGCGGUCAAUGGGAACGUGGCGGUUGGUUUAAUUCACUGAAAAACCCUCGACGGAAAUCCUCUCGUCACUAG